AUGACAGAGAACGCAGAGCCGCAGUGUAGUAUCACCGCAAAGCAGUGGGACACCGUCGCCGUGUGGUCGUGGGAUGUGCGGGUGGAGACGUGUGCGAUUUGCAAAAGUACUAUUGCCGAUCUCUGCAUUGAGUGCCGUGGUGUAAUGGAUCUUGGGAGAAGUGCCGUUGCUGCUGAUCACAACAGCAAAAACAAUCAAAGUAGCAACAGUGUGGACAGAACAGUGGGCGGCCCAAGUACUGGUUUAGGGAGUUACGCUGCUGCUGCUGAUCUACAUCAACACAAUCAUAAUGAUGGAAUAUCAGACAUUGCGGGCGGUGUUGGUAGUAGUAUUAAUAGUAAUAGUAGUAGUGGUGGUGUUGCCGGUGAUUGUCUACUUGUGUGGGGUGUCUGCAAUCAUGUCUUUCACGCCCACUGUCUCUCACGUUGGGUGCGGCAACGUCCAGUAUGUCCCAUUUGUGGAAGAGAGUGGGAGGUGUACAAGACUACUAGGAAUGAUUGA